GCACGUUCUGGCAAUACUGCACUAUUUUUGAUUUGGCUAGGCCCUUCCGUUUCUUGGUUAUCUAAGGAAAAUUCGAAAACGGUAAACACUAUUGAUAUUAGAGUUUUGGAUGCGGCCAUGUGGCAUUCGCGCACUACGCAGCUGAAAAACUAAUCAUUUUCGAUUGUGAUUUAAACUGUUGACAAUAAUUAAUAGUUAAGCGAAGCCACUUCCUUUCGCCAACGUAAGUAUGUAAGUCUGCGGUUUUCUGUUGUACGAUCUACGUCGAAUCGAUGACUUCUACAAAAUAAUACGAUUUUAUAUGACCGGACCGCAGAAGAAGAAAAAGCACCAUGUAGGCGACACAUUCUACAAACGAAAGUACAAGACCAAGCACAGAGCCAGAGACAUCGACGAGGUUGAUAACGACCUAAAGAAAGAAAAUGCAGACCGUUUGUUAAAACAAGCUCUUGAUUUUGACAAACCUGGGGAAGGACAGCACUACUGUAUACAUUGCGCACGUUAUUUUUUGAGUGAUCAAGUCUUACAAGAUCAUUUUCGUACAAAAUUGCAUAAGAAACGAAUUAAAGAACUGAAGCUCGAACCAUACACUAUUGAAGAGGCCGAAAGAGCAGCUGGCUUUGGAAGUUACAUAGCUCCAAAAGAAAGAAUCAUUGUUACACAACCCAUUAAUGUGGAAGAAUAUAAAGAACCUGAAGAAGUUGCUGAUAUUUGUUCAUUAAAUAUAGAUUUACAAUGAUUAAAAAA